GAGCCCGUUGGCUUUUCACGCGGGGGAGACUCUGCUCAGCUCCGUUUCUUCUGGCCCCGCAGGAGGGGAAGAGGAGGCUGUGGGUGCUGUGCAGACGGCAGGGUCCAUCUUCAAGGCUUGACGUGGAGUCCCACUGCUCAGUAAAAAGCCAUGGUAAUACAGGCAGCUAAAAGGCGCAAACCCAAGCGUGGCAAAGGCAAAGGCUCCAAAAAGAAAGCAAAGAAGGUGGUGAAGGAAGUGGAUCUCCUCAGCCCAGCGGCCAUGCUCAAUGCUUACUACAUCUGUCACAAUGCCCCUGCCUUCCUGGAGUUCCGGGGUUUUCCCUGGCCUGGAUCCCCCAGAAAGAAAGGGAAGAAAAGAAAGGGAAUGCAAAGGACUCUGUGAAAACCAAGCUCCCCAGUGAAGAGGAGACUUUUUUUUGGAUUAAACUCAUAUAGACUUCUCCAGUGGUUAGCUCAAAUAUUUUGCCAUAAUUGCCGUUGUGUCCGUAUCCGUACAAAGAAACUCUUAUUAUAGCUCAGGCAUGGAGUGACAAAUGCAAGUGACACUGUGCCAUUGUCAUUUCAGCUGUGGCCCUUCACCCUCCAGUUCUGUGUGGAAUAAAGCAUUGCCCUUCAGCACUCUGAAGAGUUUGUGCAGGGUUUGUUUUACCCAUACAGCUGCCGUUUUUUUUUCAGAUGGGACGUGCUCCCCAGUAGCGCUGAUGUACCUCCAGCUGGUUUAAGCAGAGCUGGUGGAAACCUGAGCUCAGAAAGUGGAUGCCAGGGUAAGACUGACAGCGCUAAGUAUGAUUUCUGUAACAUCACCCUAACUGUCUGCGAGUCACCCAGGGCUCCCUCUCUGGGUUUACUGUUUUCUGAUUGCUGGGUUCAGUUUUGGGCCCCUCACCCCAAAAAGGCCAUUGAGUGACUCGAGCGUGGCCAGAGAAGGGCAACGGAGCUGGGGCAGGGUCUG